AUGCACUGGUCAUUCCUUGCGCUUGCAGGCCAGUCUGCCCUGACUCUCCCAUCAGCCCUCCCAGCACCCCCUCAACCAGAACCAAUCGACAUCCUCGAACUUCCACUACCACCAGUCGCCCCCAGCAACAUAACCGGCGCCUGCAGUGCCUCAAUCAACCCCCAUAACACAGGGUGUAUUGGAAAAGAAUCAGACUUCUUCCAAGCAGGCGACUUCACCCCCGAUGGCAAACACAUAGCCCUAACCGUCGAAUAUAUCGGCGCGCCCGCAGCCCCAAACCCAGGCAACAUUUACAACGGACUACAACUGAUCCUAGUAAAAGUGGACGGCACAACCUUCGCAAACGGCGAUUCCUGGAAAUGUCUCAGCUGCGGCGUCCCAGCACAGAACGCCCGCUCCAUCGAUCCCUCACGAGACUAUCCGCAUAUCGCCCGCAAUGCCAAACAAGCUCUUUGGGGCCACAAUAUUUUGGAAUGCAGUUCUAUCCCCUUAACCAGUGAACUAUGCACACCGGAAAUCACAUACAUAUACCCGAUCCACUGGCCAGGGACGAAGAACAGUCCUCGGGAAAUGCGCAUGCACCCGGACGAUAUCCAUAUGGGCUGGAGCUCAUUCACUACCAGAGGUCAAUACUCAUAUUUCGGUCGACUGGAGUUCAACGCUGUUCCGAAGAACGGGCCUCUAGUCCCCAGAUACGAUCUCGUUAACGUGAAUAUCCUCGUGCAGCCUGAUGGUCCGGCUUCUAUAAGUGUCGAAGGCUCCGAGCUCAAAAUCCACAACGAAGCCAUUACAAUCGGCGAAUUACGUGGGUUCAGUGGCUCAGGCAAUGAGAUCAUUUAUCUUGGUUGGACGCGCGAGGCAAACAAUAUCGAUCUCUUCGCUGUCCAUAUCAUCACCGGUGCUAUUCGCCGUCUAACCAGUCACCCGGAGUACGCGGAUCCAAUCGCAUUCUCGCAUGACGACCAAUGGUUCGUGACGAUGGAUACUCGCGGGUCGGAUCGCCAGAUGUGGAUGUCUGGGAUGCGUCACGUUCCUCCUCUUAUUGAUCUCGUUGCUGUAACGGCUGCUGCCUCGAUUCGAAAUAAUGGCGCCCGUCGCUUCUUCCAGCCGAUUUUGAUUGAUAGAUUCGGUGAUCGAGAUGCAUACUUCGGUCAACAGGUUAAUGCUGAUGGAGGUGAUAAUGGCAGUAUCAACGAUCCUAACUGGAAUGGUAAGGCGGAUCCCGCUUUCUCGCCUGAUGGUACUAUGAUCGUCUACUGGCAGAGCUUGGUCACUGAGCCUGCUUGCGGUGGUGGUAACCCAUUACCAUGUCCAGAGUCUACUGCGCAAGGCGGUCGGACAUACAGGGUCAUGCUUGCAAGGCUUUCGAGUCGCACGCCUACGAAUCCAGCGCCUGUUUUUGUUGUGCCGGAUAUGAUUCCCUGGGCGAUGUCUUUUGGGCCGGGGGAUACGCCCCCUGCUUUGCAUUUUGUUUCGGGGGGAAGUUAUACGCUUCAUGGUAGGGCUGGGGGUUUUGCGAAUGUGACUCUUGUGAAUGAUGAGUUGCUCGGUAUUCCUAAGACUGUGUCUGUGGACUAUACUGAGUACUCGGAUGAUGGGAGGCAUUAUAUCAAUGGGUAUGAGUCGGUGACUUUGACUGUGCCGAAGGAGAGUCCUUGGUCUAAUCAUUUGGAUUGGGUCUCGGAUAUUGUUCAGACAGGCCUGGUGCAUGCUGUCAAGAAGACUGGACCGGGUGGGUUCCACAUGUCUAUCAAUGCUCUUGAGAAUAUCUUUGUGGCUAACGGGACAUUGACUACGACUAUUGAUGGCGUGGCUUAUCACCAGCCACUUAACUAUGCGUGA